AUGCGCACGACGGAUAUUUUCGCGGCUUUUCUAAGCCAAUUUUUUGCAUACAUUAUGAUUGCAGCAUCUGAAUCUUUAUCAUUAAGUAAUUGUGCUAACCUUGGUUAUGCAUCAAGUUAUUUAAAAUGUUCAACUUGUAAUGAUUUAAAACAAUUUAAAUUAAGUGAAUUAGAAAAUUCAUGUCAACAAUGUUGUAUAAAUGAUGAUACUGAACAAGCUGAAGCAAAAAAAUAUCAUCGAGCUGUUCUUGAAGUAUCUCAAUUUCCAUCAUUCAGUGUUCAAUAUGUACGUGGUGCUGAUCCAGUACUUAAUCUAUUUAAUGAACAAGAUGAACAAGUUGAAUCAAUGGGUAUUGAAAAAUGGGAUACGGAUACAUUAACGGCAUUCCUUGAAGAAAAUUUAGUUCGUUAA